CCAAAAUAAAACAACAUUUCCUCUUUCAAUUUCUUCACACACAAAAAAGUACAGAAAAAAAAAUGCUGGCGGCUCAAUCUCCAUUCUCCGGCGGUAAGACGAUACACCAGCAAAAAAACUGCCGGAAACCUCUGCAACCCGUGAACUCACUCCUCACUCCAAUCACAACCAACUCCAAAUCAAAACCAAAUCAUCAUGUAGACGAUGCUAACAAGGAGAAUGUUCCUCCCAUAUAUGCCGCUCCAGCCAAGUAUGAAUCUUUCAAUUUCGAUUCCUUUGAUGCAUCGCUAAAUGAGGAACUCAAUUCCCUUCGCGUAAAGCUCGAAAGGAUGAGGACAGAUGAAGAGAAGACUGAAAAGAUGAUGAACGAAAGGAAUCUGAUGCUCGAUUUAAAAAUGAAGGAGCUGUUAAAUAGAGGGGAAUCUCAGAAUCAGCUUGAAAUUGAGGUCGAUCGCUUAUAUCGAUUGCAGGAGAUUAAAUUAUAUUGCAUGAGGGUAUCUUCAGUUCGAUCAUUGAGAGAGAAGGAAAACGAAAAGAGGAAGAAACAAGAUCAAAUAAAGGUCAAUAAAACAGAGGAUAGAGAUGAACCAAAAGAAGAAACCUCGUUGCAAAGCCCAAAUUCAAACUAAUAAUGUUAUGUAGUAUUUGGGGUGGUUAACCAAGUGUGUGUUCUCCAUCUAGGGAGACGAGUGGUAUAAUAUCUUUCAAUGUAUACAGGGCAGACAGUGGCGGAUCCAGGAGGCGGGAUAUAUAUAUUUUUUUAGUAAUAGAUUAAAUUUUUACCUUAUAUUUUUGGUAAAUUAAUUUUAUUUUCAAACAUUCUCUGUAGCUUACUUGGUGAGAGUUAGCCUUAACAUACUUCAAGUCUUUGGUUCGAAUCAUUGUUAAUGGAUUUGUUAUGUAUUA